UUCUUCGAAAUAUCAUCUCUCAUUGGAAAUGCUAAAUGCUAUGAAGAGGAAAAGAAGGUGAUGAAAACUCGAGAUCGAGAGAGAGAGAGAGAGGAAUCAUCAAAUAAAAUCAAGUACAAGUAGUCGUGGUUCGUUGGCAUCCGAAAACAGAAAGCCGUGUCACUGUGGAUUGAUCCUAUCGCACAUUUUCACUACUAAACGCUCAUCAUCAGCUCCGAUCCAAUCCAACUCCAAUGGACGAAACACCAUCUCGCAAGCAUCAGGUAUCUUUAAGAGGAGCAAGUGCAAGGGAGAUUUCAAGGGACGCGCUUCUCCAGAAAGUCUCUCACGAAAGAGAGCUACGCAAUUAUGCUAGACGCGCUACUGCUUCUGCUAUCUUUAUUCAGAGGGUUUGGAGACGCUUCAUUGUAACAAAGAAAGUAGCAGCCGAGCUUCAAUUAGAAUGGGAAGCAGAAGCAGCGUUGGUGAAGAAUGAUUUAACCAUAAUGGGUGGUAGCUGGAUUUCCACUCGCGUUUUGAGACCUUUCCUUUUCUUUGUUCACUGUUUAUCGACUCGGCAUCACAAGAUUCGCGAUGCAGAUAUACCCUGCCUCCACACGUGCUUCAAGCUUCUUCUUGAAAGCAUCAAUUCUACUGAUUUAGGCAACAACUUUUGCGCCCUGGCGCUGGGUACACCAGAAGAGAGAAGAACGUGGACUUACCAAUCUCAGAAGCUCGUUUCUCUUUGCUCAAUUAUCCUUGCUAAUUGUGACAAAUCUCAUCAACGGGCUCAAGAUAUCAUGGUUCUUACCUCUCUUGCGAUGCGUCUUCUUGUUGUCUUAACUGAUCAGAAGUGUUGGAAAAGCAUUACCAACAAUAGUCCCAAGGAUGCAGAUGUAGCAUGGAAGGAUUUGGUCAGGUUUAUGGCAAGACCUAAAAGUGGCUUGUACUUAUCCAUUAGACGAUACAUUAACAAUUUGGAUAUUCAUUUUUGUCCACAAACAAGCACACUGGCACAGACAGAUGAUAGAUUCUUGAUCACUGCAAGUGCAAUAACUUUAGCUCUAAGGCCUUUUAACGUGACAAAUUUUGAUUUUAUUGGCCCUGACGUGGUGGACAUCAAUUCUGCCCCUGCACAGUACUAUUUGUUUCUACUCACAAUUCCCUGGCUCACUCAACGUCUGCCAGCUGUUCUUCUACCCGCUCUGAAGCACAAGUCUAUUCUCUCACCAUGUUUCCAGACUCUACUGAUAUUGAGAGAUAAUAUUUUAAAGGAGAUGUCAGAGAUGGAUCAAUUGAAAAUCCUGCAUUCUUCCAAAGCAAUUCCGCCAGUUGCUUGGGCUCUUGCAAACACCAUUUGCCUAGUCACAGGGGAUGAGAAUGAUUAUGUGGAACCUGGAGGCCUCAAUCAAGGACUGGACUAUGCAGUCUAUGUCCAUGUUGUGAUCAUUCUUGCUGAAAACUUGUUGUCAUGGCUUGAUGGUGGUGGAGGGACUGAAAAGGAGAACCAAUAUGCUCAGGUCAUUGCAGAAACAUCUGCUGAGCCCUUCGGUAAAGCUUUGUGCGAGAUUGAAACAACAUGUGCCUUAAAGAUGACAUAUGUGAGCUUACUCAGACCUGUUUGUCAGCAGUGGCAUCUUACAAAACUUUUGGCAAUGUCAAAGAUGGAUGCCAAUAGUAAUGGGGAUGAGACUUUGCCCACAAAAACUCUGAAAUACUCAGGAAAGUUGAACCUUCUUGGUAUUGCAUAUUUCUAUUCUUGCAUGCUCCGAAUAUUUGCAAUCUUGAAUCCUACAGUUGGGUCAUUGCCUGUUCUCAAUAUGCUGUCAUUUACUCCCGGGUUUCCUGUUACCCUAUGGGAAGUAUUGGAAAAUUUACUUUUUCCUGGACAUGGAGGCAUUUCUGUGGUUAAUGAUUUUCACACAAGGAAAGUUUCAGCAAACAAAAAUGAUGGGUUUCUCAAGAAACAACAAAAACAACCCAGUAAGGAUGGAGGUAAUAAGUUGGUCAACGUACUCCAUAAACUUACAGGAAAGUCACAAGCAGGGGUAGAUCAUGGAGAUUCAGUUAAUGGGAAUCCUAGUGCACAGGUUGGUGAUGAUUUGCAUGAUGCUUGGGAUGUAGAACUGUUAAGGUGUGGUCCACAAAAGAUUUCAAGAGAAAUGUCAUGUCUUCUUCAUUUGUUCUGUGGGACCUACUCACACCUGCUGUUAGUUCUUGAUGACAUAGAGUUCUAUGAAAAACAGGUUCCAUUUAUGUUGGAGCAACAACAAAGAAUUGCAUCAGUGCUCAAUACCUUAGCAUACAAUGGCUUGGCCCAUAGUAUAAGUCAGCAGGAUAGGCCCCUUAUGGAUUCCGCGAUCAGAUGCUUGCAUUUAAUGUAUGAAAGAGAUUGCAGGCAUCAGUUCUGCCCCCCUGUUUUGUGGCUUUCACCUGCUAGAAAGAGCCGGGCUCCAAUUGCAGUUGCUGCCAGAACUCAUGAAGCUAUGUCAGCUAAUAUAAAAUCAGAUGAUGCUCUGACUGUUCCAAGCAUGGGUUCUGUAAUCACGGUGACUCCACAUGUAUAUCCAUUUGAAGAAAGGGUUCAAAUGUUUAGAGAGUUCAUAAACAUGGAUAAAGUCUCUAGAAAAAUGGCUGGUGAAUUUACAGGACCUGGUUCACGAGCUGUGGAGAUUGUAGUUCGUCGCAGUCAUAUUGUUGAAGAUGGAUUUCAGCAGCUUAAUUCUCUUGGGUCAAGGUUGAAGUCAUCCAUUCAUGUUUCAUUUGUUAGUGAAUGUGGCCUUCCGGAGGCUGGUUUGGACUACGGUGGGCUAUCUAAAGAGUUUCUGACAGAUAUAUCAAAAUCUGCCUUUUCUCCUGAGCAUGGGCUAUUUUCACAAACCUCAACUUCGGAGAGACAUCUAAUUCCCAAUCCAACUGCAAAAUAUCUAGAGAAUGGUAUCCAGAUGAUUGAAUUUCUCGGAAGAGUUGUUGGGAAAGCUCUAUAUGAAGGAAUAUUACUAGAUUACUCCUUUUCACAUGUGUUUGUUCAAAAGCUGUUAGGCCGAUAUAGCUUUCUUGAUGAACUAUCAACACUUGAUCCAGAGCUGUACAGGAAUGUCUUGUAUGUGAAGCAUUAUGAUGGUGACGUCAAGGACCUCUCCCUUGACUUCACAGUCACUGAAGAAUUAUUUGGUAAACGGCAUGUCAUUGAGCUGAAACCUGGGGGUAAGGAUGUUUGUGUGUCAAAUGAGAACAAGAUGCAGUAUGUUCAUGCAAUGGCUGAUUAUAAACUCAAUCGACAGAUAUUGCCCUUUUCAAAUGCAUUUUAUAGAGGGCUAGCUGAUCUUAUAUCACCAUCUUGGUUGAAAUUGUUCAAUGCAAGUGAAUUCAAUCAGUUACUUUCAGGUGGUGACCUUGACAUUGAUGUUGAUGAUUUAAGAAAUUACACACGAUACACAGGUGGCUAUUCUGAGGGGAGUCGAACAAUUAAACUUUUUUGGGAGGUAAUUAAAGGAUUUGAACCAAAUGAACGCUGUAUGCUGCUUAAAUUUGUGACCAGCUGCUCUCGAGCUCCAUUACUUGGGUUCAAACACUUGCAGCCAUCCUUUACAAUCCAUAAGGUCUCAUGUGAUGCCUCUCUUUGGGCAACAAUUGGAGGACAAGAUGUGGAGCGGCUUCCAUCAGCUUCUACCUGCUACAAUACUCUCAAGCUUCCAACAUACAAACGUGCAAGCACUUUGAGAGCAAAAAUUCUUUAUGCAAUCAAUUCAAAUACUGGAUUUGAACUUUCUUAAGGAUCUCUUGAUCUUUGACUUGUUUUGGCUAAGCUGUGCAUGUCAUUUGAGUAGUCAAAUGACCAAUCAUUUGACUGUUGAUUCUCUGUGUUCUGGAAUGUGGGUUUCCCAUUGCAUGAUGCAUUGACUAGCUACUUUCUGCAGAGGGGGAACCUUUUGAUUAUCGCUGGCCUCUUGAUCAUUUUCUAGAGCGUGGUAGAUAUCUAAGGCCACAGUUUGAGGCAAGGGAGUGCGUUGACCAGGACCUCACAAUUGCUGUUAAUUUGUAGUUGAACAAACUAGUCUCAUGGUUUAGCCACUUAAACCACUGUUGCUUCCCGCAUGGGACAGGUUGUGAGCUUCACGCAAACACCUCUUUUUGGCUGCAUGGUUGUCACUCCAAUCCAUCUUGCUCCAAGUCCUUCAAUAUUCAGUCUCUACACCUUGUUGGAAACAACUUUGUGCUUCAAAGAAGAUAAAGAAGAGGAUCGCAUUUGUCCAGGUAUUCAAAUCUCUCUAGUUGUGUGUACAUAUUUGAGAACAGCAUCAUGUAAUUAAUGCUUCUGGUUUAUUAUUCUGGAAUCUCCCAUCAUUGAAUAUAGAUAGAUUGAUUUGUGUUA